AAUAACGCACUUUAAAUGGGUCAAGUGACGAUGAACGAGCAGGAGGGCGGGGUGGUCUCAUUUGACGAAUAUGUGCGGCAGAAGGCCCGCACUGUGCCUCAGCAUAGGAUGAAGGAGUUUCUGGAGUCCCUUGCUAAGGGCCCAGAGGUGCUGCAGGAGUUCAACCAGCAGGGGGGAGGAGGAGGAGCAGCGGCCACCACCACAACCAUGGUGUACCAGCAGCAGGAGGCCAACUGUAUCUACACAGACAGCACGGAGGUGGCUGGAUCCCUCCUGGAGCUGGCCUGCCCAGUUCAGGUGACCUCAGCUGAGAUUUCCCCCCAGAUGUCUGUACAUCCAGGCUCUGAGCAGCAACUCCAAGUGCAGGUCCAGAUCCAGGAACAGCCCGGCCAAGCGGUGGGCCAGGUUCUGCAGGUGUCCUCUCCGUCCCAGCAGGAGCUGCAGGGAAUCUCCACGGCUCAGCUGGUGCAGCAGGCCGAGCUCACAGAGGAGCAGCAGCAGCAGAUUCAGGCUCAGCUGAUUGCAGCUGUCGCCGGAGGUCAGCAGAUCCAGCUGUCAAGCGGCGAACAAAUCCAGCUGCAAGGAACGCAGCACAUCCAGCUGCCUGGCGGGCAGCAGAUUCAGCUCCAAGCGGGCCAGCAGAUCCAGCUGCAAAGCGGCCAGCACAUCCAGAUCCAGACCAUAGAGGCCAUGUCUCCGUCCCAGCAGCAGGAUUCUCCAAGGGAGGGCGAGAGGCGGCCGGGCGCCAUAGCGACCGUUCUCCAGCCGGCGAAGAAGCGCAAGGUGGACGUUCCCCUCGCCGUCUCCUACGCUGUGCCGCAGGGGCAGCAGGUGGCCACCGUUCUGACCAUCCCUCAGGGGCAGCAGCAGAGCUACGUCUCCCUGCGACCCGACCUGCUGACCGUCGACAGCGCUCAGCUGUACAGCACCACAGGAACCAUCACUGGUCCCACCGGCGAGACUUGGACCAUCCCUGUCUACUCCACUCCACAGCAGCAGGGCGUGACACACAUCGCCAUACCACAGGAUGCAUACAGCACCGUGCAGGUCACCACGACUACCAACGGCAAGGACAAAGUGACGACCAGCUCCGCGUCGAGGUCCGCAGACGGUCAGGCAGCCUCCACCCAGGAGGAGAUAGUGCAAACGCUGCUGCCUGCGCAGUUCAUGAACGGGAACAUCCACAUCCCGGUGGCAGUGCAGACUGUAGGAGGAACUUACAACACCACACAGUCGGUCCACAUCUGGGACCCCAGUCAGCAGCAGAGCCACGGCGACGAGGGCACAGAGCAACAGCUCCAUCUGCAGGGUCAAGUGGAGACGGGCGCCGACGGGGAACCGCCUGCAGAGAUUCUGGUUCCCGUGUCUCUGAAACCAGAGGAGGGUCUGGAAGUCUGGCGCUUCUGGGCGAAGAAGAAAAACGCUGAGCUUAGCAAGCAGGAACAAACAAAACUCGCACCCAUAGGACGUCGCCAGCCUCUGCGUUUCCAGGAAGACUUGGUGUCCAGCGCUGUUGCUGAGUUGAACCUGGGACUUUCCUUGAUGACUCAAGAAGCUCGGGGCUCAGAGGAAGAAGAGCUGGCGCCUGAUGUUCUGUAUUAUGUGUUCUUGUGUAUUCAGAAGUAUCUGUAUGAAAACGGACGUGUGGAUGAUAUCUUCUCUGAUCCGUACUACACGCGCUUUUGUGAGAGUUUACACAAACUCUUACAAGACUGGAAGCCCAGCAUCCAUCCUUUAGGUUACAUCAUUCCAAGUCAUGUGACCGAGGAGAUGCUGUGGGAGUGUAAACAGCUUGGUGCUCAUUCUCCUGCCACAUUGCUUACAACACUAAUGUAUUUCAACACUAAGUAUUUCCGUCUGAUAACGCCUGAGCACCACAUGAAAGUGGCUUUUUCAAAGGUGUUGAGACACUCGAGGAAGAAUCCCACCAACGCCAAGGACAAGGCAACAAGUAUUCGCCUUCUGAAAGUGCAGAGCCAACACACCUCCGGACAAAAAGGAACCGACGACAUGUAUGAAGAACAGAUUGAAGAUCCUGAAAACCCUCUGCGCUGCCCCAUUAAACUUUACGACUUUUACCUCUUCAAAUGUCCCCAAAGCGUCAAAGGUCGCAGCGACGCCUACUACAUGACGCCCGAGCCCGUUGUGGCGCCGAACAGCCCGAUGUGGUACUCGUCCCAGCCGCUGUCGAAUCGGCAGGUGGAGCAAAUGUUGGCCCGCAUCAUCGUAGUGCGAGAGAUCCAGGAGAUGAUGGGCGCCUCUCCUGAGAGCGUGAGCUAAGCUGGGCGGACUGGCUGGACUUGACUAUGCAGCACCAUCCAGACGACACGACACGCCACCUCUGAGGUCAUCAAAUAAAGCGGGGCAUCUUCUAAAACAAUCA